CGCAGGAAAGUCUAGAGCCAGACGCAGAUAGCGCUCCGUCACCCUCACCGAUCACCUUAUUGAUUUCUUUAUUUUGUUUCCCCUAACAUCUGAAUAAAACCAAUGCUUUAAUGAGCGCGCUUUCCUCAGUGAAUGAAGUUUUCUUCUCGCUGAACAGAAACAAUGUGACCAUGUAAAGUGACGGAUUUCGGAAUAUCUUCAUUGAUCCUGGAAAAGAAAGGAUUUUAAGGAUGGGCAAACUUUUGUCAAAACAUGCGUCUAAGCGCAGAGAAAACCCUGAAGGAGACAGUUUUGUUGUGAAUGCCUUCCUCCGGAGAGGGAUGGAGGAAUGCGAGAGGUACAGCGCAACAGACCACAAACUGAAAAACAUGCAGGAGUUUCCAAAUGCUGAGCUGAAGGAAGGGCAGUUCAUAGACCAACACUGUCCCCUAGAGGUGGCUCUUCCCCAAGAGAAGGCAGAGGGCUGUGAGAGCUACCUGCAUUACAUACACUCAGAGGAUGGAGAGAAGGACCCUCUCAAAGACACCUCUAAAACCUCUGGAAAGAAACGUAUCAGUGUCAAUGAUGUGGAGUGUGAUGUUUCUGUGGAAGAUGACAACCGUCAGGAGUGGAUCUUCACUCUUUAUGACUUUGACAACAGUGGGAAAGUCACCAAAGAAGACAUGUCAAGUCUGAUGCACACCAUCUACGAUGUGGUGGACGCUUCUGUGAAUCACUCAUGUCAUAACAAGAGCAAGACCCUGCGCGUGAAGCUGACUGUCACUCCAGAGCCCAGGAGCCACAGGAGAGAUACAGGACCAGAGCGCUGUCACCAUGAUGAGGGCCGUUCGUCUGACAAGCGUCUUUCCUCCUACUUCAGUAGUAAGGCUCAGAGCAGCGAGCCUCCAGCCGCUGAGGGCCAGCAUUACUGCGUGGACGAGAACACAGAGAGGAGGAAUCACUACCUGGACCUGGCUGGCAUUGAGAACUACACGUCCAGAUUUGAAGGAACCAACCCAGACUAUCCCACUCAGGAGUCUCAUGUUCGCAGCUCACAAAGCCAGAGUCGCUCUCGUUCCCAUGAGCCAGAAGCCCAGGUUGUCCACCACCGUCGUUCACAGGUCAUCGGUGAAAGCUACAACCCCUCAGAGCCUCGAGCCAAAGGCACACAGUUCCUCAAAUCCCCUAAAGGUGCCUACAAGGGAAGUGGAGGGAAUAACGGUGGAGGCAAAUCCAGCAAAUGCCACGGCCACCACCCCCCCGGCCAAGCGAUACUGCAUGGCGGCAGCGCUGCAGGUCAGGGAGGUCAGGAUGUGUACCACCUACCACACCAGUCUCAACCUUCAGGUCACCACCAGCACCCUUUGCAGCAUAGCCACAGCAAACGGCUAAAGGCCAGAGCUCGUGAUUCCCUGUCCCCGACCAAAACCCCUCUGACUCCUCAGUCCCACCAGCAGCCCUCAGUGCUGCCAAACAUGGAGAGGGAGCAGGUGUCUUGCCCCCCUGGGAGCCCAGGGCUUGUGGUUCCCAUGGUGCAGCGCCAUGAGCAUCACCAUCACCAUGAACACCAUCACCACCACCACUACCACCACUACCACCAAACAUGACAGCAUAAUAUGCGAAUGAAAACUGGACCAUUACAGGACCAACCACACUAGAAGGACUCAUCCAAUGGAAAUACGUCACGCUAAAUCCUCUGGCAAACUUUACAGAAGUAUCCUGAGAACAGCUGUGCUAAGCAACCAAGUUGUCUGAUGGGGAUGAUGUCUGCUUAGCAGUACGGUGGUGUUCAAUUGCAGCAAAAGCCCAAAACAAAGCAGACCUAAUAUUUUUCAGUAUUUUCUCUAGAUGUUCUACUUGAAACCCUGCACUCCUACCACAUAUCUAUUAAGGGAACCAGUAAAGAAGAAACUUUGAUGACUUCUGUUGUGUCAUUCACUUUCCUCAAUUAUAGUCCUAUGAAGCUACGGUAUAUGUCUAAAUAGUUGUUCCAUGUGAGACUUUUCCAGAAAUGCAGAUCUCAGGUGUAAAGGUGCUGCUGCUCCAGAGCUUUUCACAAACGCCCCACUUUCAAGGUGGGACGAAUUGUGUUGGCCCUGGGGCUUCGUGUUUGGGUUUGUUGUGGGAGGGGGGGAGCAUAAAAUCACCACUGCCAGUUCUAAUGCAAAAAUAUAUUCCUCUAUGUAUAAAAAUAAAAAACUUUAUAUGUAAACACAUUUUACUGUAUAAUAUUUGUACUCUAUAUGCAUAUUUCAUCAUGGAUAUAAUUGUGCAUAAAUGUAUUUUGUCUUUUUAUAUAUUUUAAUAAACAUUAUGUA